AGUUUUGAAAGCAGAUAAGGCACUGUGGAAAGUAGAAUGUCUGAAGAUAUUGAAAGAAUUGAAAAAGAAAUAGAAGUUGAAUUAAGCAGAAUCAGUGUUUCUUCCUUUGAAGCAGAUGAUCCUGACACAGAGGUAUCAGAUGAAGCUUUGAGUGACAGUGAGACAAUUUCAGAUGAUUUACCAGAAUCAGUUCUCUCCUAUUUAAACUUUAUAAAGAGCAGAAAUCAAGAAGCUGAAAAGCUUAUACUGCAAGACUUAGAAGAUAAAGAAACUACAAGUAACAUCUAUGGAGCAGUUUCUUGCCGUGCUUCAGAUUGCAUGGCGGAAUUGGCUUCUGAAUAUAAUGAAGAUCCAGAACAAUUUAAAAAAAGGGUACUAUUUGAAAUUGAAAAUGAAGACUUGCAGAUUGCUACAACACCUAGUUGUAACAGUCAGUUCACCAGUGAUGAAGUGGUCACUGACCAUUUUGUUACAGCUGAUGUUGAAAUGAGCAUAAGCCUUACUCAUCGUGAAGUAGAAGAGAAGUGUAGACAAGAAUUUGAGCAGUGGGAGAAAAGACAAAAGGAGCUUGAAGAUGAGAAGAGGAAAAACUGGAAAGCUGAGAGGGAAGCACAGGAGAAACAGAAUGAAGAGGAACAUGCAAGAAGGGUGCAGCGUCUGGAGGAAUUUGAGGCUGAAAGAAUAAAGUUAGAGCUUCUUCAUAAGGAACACCAAACUGAAAUAGAGGAUGAGUUACAGAAAGAAAAGAAAGCUUGGAGAGAGAAAAUUAUGCAGCAUGAGGAAUUGAUCAUGAAGCUACAGUUGCACAUAGAAGAGGAGAAAAAGGCCUUGGAAGAACAGAAAGCCAAAGAAAGCCAACAGCUGGCAGAACAACAAAAUACAGCAGCUGUGAAAAUCCAAGCUAGAUUUAGAUCAUUUUUAGUCCGUAAAAAAUAUGCUCCCAUCUUAAAAGAAUGGAAAGAUGAAAUAAAAAAGAAGCAGAAUCUAUUAGAAGGCAUAGAGAGAGAAAUGAAAGAAAAAGAGGAAAAAAUGAAGAGGCGAAUAGAAGAAAAUAGGCAAAAGAAAGUAGAGGAAAAAAAGAGACGAGAAGAACUUCAAAGACAGGAAUAUUUGGAACAGGCAAGGAGGCAUGAGGAAUAUGAGAAAAAGAAAGAAACCCUGAGACUUGAAAAACAGCCACAAAUAAGAAGAGAAGAAUGGAGAAAACUAGGAGAAAAAAGAGCAAAAACUGUGAGUAAAAGUGGAGAAAACAAUAAUGAAAACAUAAUAAAGGAUAAGCAGAUAGAAAAUAGAGAAGUAAUAAUAGUACAGAAGAAUGAACUAAAUAAACAAGUAGACAAACAAAAAGAAAAACAGACUGAAAUAUUGGAGGAAACAAAUGAUUGGAUAAUUCCAGCAGAAAGAAAUUUGACACCAACCCCAAAUAUACUAGUCUCUGAGAAGAAGGAACACUUUUCUCAAGUAAAUAAUGAGAACAUAUGCCUUAAUUUGUUAACACAUGUAGAAGAAAAGUACUCACAAACUACAUAUCUUAAUAAAGCUCCAAAUAGUCAUGCUUCAAAGGAUGACUCUGAUGAUUUUGAAGAUAAUGACAUGGUAGAAAAUAAGGCAAACAAUAUAUGCAGCAGUCCACCAAAUGUCCAGCCAAAUGCUAGUGAUAGAGAAGUCAAAGAUCAAUUUUCUCAGUCUGAAACAAUGAAGAAAACUGUGUUUCUAACAGAAGAUGCUAAUGAGGAAGUCAGAGAGACCUGGGACAGAAUUCAAGAUGUAGCUGAGUGCUCCAGUAAACUAAUUCUUCCAGAUGAUAUUGAAAAGAAGAGAAUAAACUGGAUGAACACAUGUAGAUCUUGGUCUAAAAUAUAUGAAGAAAACCAAAGAAAGCAAGCAACUAUAAAAAAACGACCAAGGAAAGGUUUGGUUAGAAAGAUGCCUCCAUUAAGUACACAAAAGAUACUUCAUAGUGGCCCUUGGAGUACUCUGCAGCAGGUCACAACACUUACACUUGAAGAUUUGCCGGCUUGUAGCCUCUCAACAUUAUCUGAGUGUUCAAAUCUUCAAGUUUUGACUCUGAGGCGCUGUGGAUUAGUUGCACUGGAGGGACUAAGUAGCUGCAAAGGCCUAAAGUAUAUCAAUGUGGAGGAAAACAACAUUCACAUAAUUGACUGUGAAAAUCUAGAAAAUCUCUGUGUUCUGAUUCUGAGCAAGAAUCAUCUUUCGUCAGUUUGUGGCUUAGAUGGCUGCAUAAAUCUCCAAAAUCUUGAACUUUCCUACAAUAGAAUCACUCGAAUUGGUGGUCUGGAGUCAUUGAAAAAUCUUCAGCAAUUAAUUGUGGACCAUAAUCAGCUAAUCAGCACAAAAGGUCUUUGUGAGGCAUCUACUCUCAUUCACCUAGACUGCUCUUUCAAUCAUCUCACACAAGUUGAAGGCAUUGAGAAUUGUGGCCUACUUCAAAUCCUGAAGUUGCAAGGCAAUAACCUCCAGGAGCUUCCAAGACUGGAAAAUCAUGUUCUCCUAAGAGAACUAUAUUUGGAUGAUAAUAGCAUUUCUGCUAUGAGAAUGCUUUCUUUCUAUUGGUUGCCUCUAUUGCAGAUUCUUUUGCUGUCUCAAAAUAGUUUAACUGAGCUUGUGCCUUUAAAUUCAUUUGUAUCUUUGGAAAAGUUGGAUAUCAAAAAUAACUGCUUGUCCGAUCUUAAAGGUGUCAUUACAUGUUUAAGUGGCUGUCAUAAAUUAAGGGAGUUGUCACUCAGUGAAAAUCCUCUUCUCCGAGAAAGGAACUGGAGGCCUUCACUGUGUAAGGUUCUUCCCAGUUUACAGUUUCUUGAUGGUGAAAGCUUAAACUGUCAUAUUUUACCCACAACGGAAAGAAUGAAAGAAUUACAGUCAGGAACUUUUCUGGAACUUUGUCAACUUCAAAUUGAAGAAAACAUACUUCUGAAAAAAGAGGCCACUGAACUGGGGAUUGCCUCUUCCAUUGAUUCUGCACAGGGACAAUGCUGGUAUUUUAAUCAGUUGAUGAAACUUAGUAUUAAACAUCGAUAUGCACAUGAGUAUGGUGAACUAAACAUUACUGACAGAGACGGACCAGAAGCUCUGCAAAAUCAUUUAAAGCAAACAUCCACUGGCUGCCUACAGGAAAAUAACCUCUUUAUCAUGGGUGUGACAGAAAAUAAACAGGUCUUGUUGGAUCCUUCUGAAAGAUGGAUUACUACUGGCCAUAUUCAGGCCACAUUAAUUAACUCCUCCAUACCUGUGCACCAAAAGGAAAAUAAAGAAGAUCAGAGAGUGAAGCAGAAGAGCACUGAAUCUUGUAUUAAUUACAGCGAGGAGAGCAAAGGCAACAAUAACUUGUCAGCCCCACUCACAUUGCAACCGUCAGGGGUAGUAGCAAGUAAUAAAGGAAGAGAUCUUCAGCAUUUUGAGAAUGAUACAGAAAGGCUACAUACGGCAGCAUCAGUGAUCCAGUCCCUUUGGCGAAAGUACCAUGCCAGGAGGAAAACUGACUGCAGCAAAACAGAGAAUCAUCAGUUUAUAGAAGCUUUGAGACAGAAGCAUGAAGCUGUCACACUAAUCCAGGCAUUUUGGAAGGGUUUUCUUUUGCGAAAGAAACUGUCCGGUGAUCUUGCAGCUGUUAAAAGUGAUGAAGUGGAGGAUGACUAUGAAGAAAUAAAUGUGGAUGAUUUCACAUUUUCUGAA